AUGGACACAAUCAGGAGUGUAUCCAAAAUGCCUAACCCAUCAGCUGAGAAGAACAUCUUGGAGAACUUCUAUCAGAAUCGAGCAACGAUCUUGUAUCACGAAACCUACCACUUCGACUCCACAGUGGUUCGACCAAAUACUAGGGAUUAUGCAAACGGCCCUCAAUCCAUUUGGGAACAGGCCAAGUUGAAGGGGGCCUACUGGUCUUAUGUCACUCAAUGGUUUAGAUCUGUCUUUCCGCCCGUUCCUCGCAAGGUAUAUCAAGCACAGUCCGGUUUCAUAUCCUCCUCGUCCACCACGGAGGCCGAUCUCUACCCACCUGUCAACUUUACCACCGUACUUCCUGCAUCUUUCGUGGCUCCAAGCAACCCGGACAUCCCCAACGCCACACCUGACUCGAGCCUGUGGACCGAGUUUAGGGGAAUGUCCCCGCCAGAAGCUCCCUCGAGCACAGCCACAGCCACGCAAGUCUCUGCUACCAGCACCUGCAAGAUUCACGUCGACGAGUAUGAAUUUUGUGGAGCCGAAAGCUCCGACUUGUUUGCAAAUGUGAGUAUGGCAAACGGCAACGGGGACACCAUUGGCGAGACGGUGAUCAACUACACCUAUCCUUUCGGCAUGCCUAUCAACGUCGGAGACACCUAUUCAUUCCAACCUCGGCUAGGGCUGGCUAUCAUGAUAACAGGAGAGCAUGAAGGCGAUUAUAUCCAGUUCACCCAGGGAGAUUUGAGCUGGACCAGUAAUACCACGACGGGGGUGGUGAGUUGCACGGAUGGAGGAUGGGAGCCAAAGGAUGGUCCAGUGUGUGGACGCGAAUAUGGGGACACUGAUGCGGUAUGUGUAACUCACUUCUAUUCUCCAAGCGAGAUGUUUUUAGAAGCUGAAACUGGUCACCGGUUGUAG